AUGGAACCGCCAAUUGUUUAUUAUUCUCGUUCAGAAUAUAUCGAAACCGAUACUGGUAAUAAAGUUAGUAGGAAAUCAGUUAUUUGUGGUAGUCAAAACAUUAUACUUGGUGGCAAGACAAUCAUACAAACUGAUUGUGUUAUUCGUGGUGAUUUAAGACGUACAGGAACUGGCCAUGCAGUAGUUGUAGCUAUUGGUAGAUAUUGUCUUUUAUCAAGAGGUUGCAUAAUUAGACCACCUUACAAAACAUACAAAGGUUAUUAUCCAAUGAAAAUCGGUGAUCAUGUAACCAUUGGCGAAGGAAGUAUAUUAGAAGCUGCCACAAUUGGUUCUUUUGUUCAUAUCGGAAAAAACUGUGUUAUCGUAAGCAAAUUUGCAAUCAUCAAAGAUUGUUGUAGAAUCGAAGAUAAUACAGUUGUUCCUCCAAAUGCUGUAGUGCCUUCAUUUUCAGUUUAUGAAGGAUCACCUGGUGAGUUUGUAAACGAAUUGCCAGAAUGCGUGCAAGAUCUUUAUGAGGCAAAAACUAAAGAUUAUUAUUCAAAAUUUCAACCAAAAGAUAGUUAA